UUUUCUAGAGGACGGUUGUGCGUCCUUUGUCUUCAUUAGCCAGUGAUCAUCAUCAAUCGAAACGUAAAUGAAGUUAUAAAUCAAAAUGAUAAAUAAAAAGAGUUUGCCUUUGAACAGCCAAGUUCCAAUGAGUAAUAAAUAUUAUUAGUAAUAAAAUGUUUUGUAAAUACCUAACUUUUUGAAUGAGUGCCGAGUUUUUGAGUUCCUCUUGACUGAGUUUAAAAGGAUAAUAAUAAAUGCGUCGCAGACUAUGCCAGUAACAAAGCAAAUCAAAUCCCCGCAGCAAAUAUGGGAAGCCAUCUCAUCAACUUUUGUGCACUUCGUAGAGAGUAUAUUUUUUACUCUCGGAGUCGUGAUCGCAAGGCGCCCGUGGACAACAAUUAUUAUCACAUGGUUGUUCCUCUUCGUGAGUUGCAUCGGCUUGAUGCGAUUUUACAUAGAAAAAAAUCCUAUGCAGUUAUGGGUACCACCAGAUUCAGAUUUUUAUCGCGACACACAUUGGUAUAUAGAUAACUUUGGCACUGGGUUCCGUCUACAGAAAAUCAUAAUCACCGCAGAUAAUGUUUUGGAGCCAAAAGUUUUAUCAAAGAUACGCAACAUAACCCAAAAAGUGAACUCUCUAAAAGUCGAAUACAUCGAAAACAGCUACUCCCUGGAGGAUUUGUGUUUUCAAGUUCCAGUGGUGAAUUUCCUCAAUUUAAACGAAAAUAGUAGAUCUGUGAAAUCAGUGAGUGACAAAAAUGGUUCAUCAAGAAACGUUAACAGUGAUAGUGACUUCUCCGACCCGACUUUAUGGAUUGGUGAUGAGUUUUAUUGUGGAUUCUUGGAUACGUUUCAAAUGGACUGUCUUCAGUAUAAUAUUUUAGAUUUAUGGAGUAACAAUGCUGAUUCAAUCAUGAAUCUAACAAAGCACGACAUUGUUUCUAAAGUAAAUUCCGUUAAAAAGAAUCCAGUUACUGGUCACCCAUUUGAUUAUACGAAAAUGUUAGGUGGCGUCAAACGAGACGAAAAUGGUGACAUAGUUUCUGCUAAUUCGAUAAUGUUAAUUUGGUAUACACAUGUAAAUAUGUCCGCAAUUGAUAUUAACGAAGUUGGUAAUCUAGUUGGUACUGAAGACUGGGUUUCUGUUCCUCUUGGCUUAUGGGAAGCCAAAUUUUUAGAUUUGAUGAAUUCUUUAUCCCAUAAUACAUCUGAUAUUCACCUUUAUUACGAAGCUGGUAGGAGUUUUGCUGAUAUUAGUGGCGAGGCUAUGUUUCACGAACUAGAUAAGUUGUUUCUAGGCAUCAUUUUGAUGUUUAUUUACAUACAGUUUGCACUGUCCAGGUGUAAUUGGCUGGAAAUCAGAUUAACACUUGGAAGUGUCGGACUAUUGUGUGUAGGUAUGGCUUACGUGACUGCAGUUAGUUGGUGUUCUGUUAUUGGUAUACCAUUUGGGCCAGUUCAUUCGUCCCUACCCUUUCUUUUGAUGGGACUUGGCGUAGAUGAUAUGUUUGUGAUGAAUGCUUGUUGGAGAAAUUUAUCCCCUGCCGAAACAAAAAAGAGUCUCCCAGUUAAGAUUGGUCUAAUGUUACAACAUGCUGGUGUGUCCAUCGUAAUCACGUCUUUUACAGACAUAGUAGCCCUAUUAAUUGGGGCUAUUACUAUUUUGCCGUCGUUGAAAUCAUUUUGCAUUUAUGCCGCUAUGGGUGUGUUUUUCAUUUUUUGUUAUUCUGUAACUUUUUACGUAGCAAUUUUUACUCUUGACAUUCAAAGAAUGGAAGCAAACCGUAAUGGUAUUUUGUUUUGUUACAAGCAUUCUAAAGAUAUUCACGUAGCAGAAGACAAAACCAUAUUCCAAAAAAUCUUGGCUAGUUUUUAUAAAAGAGUCGUUUUUACGAUGCCAGGUAGAACUAUCAUCAUACUUGCCACAUUGGUUAUGACAGGUUUUAGUAUUGAAUCAAUUAUGCACUUAGAACAGAAAUUUGACCCGAAGUGGUUUAUACCAGAAGAUACUUAUUUCAAAGAAUUUCUCAAUAUUCAUGAAUAUUACUAUCCCGAAGAAGGACACCCAGCUAUGGUAUUUUUAGGCAAAAUGGAUUAUCAACACGAGUUCCCAAACUUGUACAGUAUCGCAGAACGUCUUAAAAAUCAGACAUACGUCGAUGACGUAACCAAUUGGGUCGAGUCUUUUCAUGGCUAUGUCCUUAAAAACUAUGAACGUGAUUUAAAAAAUACAACGACAGUUACAAACGAUGAGUUUAAUGCGUAUCUUACGAGAUUUUUAUUUAGUCCCAUCGGAGGAAGAUUUCAGCUGAAUUUUAAAUUCUCAACCCCAAUAAAAUGCGGUAGUCCUGCGCCGAACAUAACAGCGUCUUCAAUGUCGUUCAAAUUCGGACGGUUUCAUGGUCCUGAAGAAUAUAUUCCUGCUAUGAAUCACGCAAAGGAUGUCGUUAAAUCGACACCUAUUACAACCGGUGACGAAUAUCGAAGUGCUUGGUCUAAAGCUUUCGCCAAUUGGGUCACAGACGAGGUCAUUGGGGAAGAAGUAGAAAGAAAUAUAGAAUUAGCUUUAUUGUGUGUUAUGAUUUGUACAGUGAUUUUGAUAACUAAUUUGCAAAUGUGCUUUUGGAUAUUUAUUUGUGUAUUGCUUACAAUAGUGAAUGUCUUGGGAUGGAUGCAGAAAUGGGGUAUGACUGUGGACAUAGUUUGUUGUAUCGGGCUUGAGCUAGCAAUUGGUUUGUGUGUAGAUUACGCUGCCCAUAUCGGACACACGUUCUUAACUACUUCGGGAGACUCUAGGACGGAUAGAGCAUUCAAAACUGUUACGUCCAUUGGAACUGCGGUUCUGUUAGGUGGUGGCUCGACAUUCCUAUCAUUGUCAAUUCUGAGCAUGUCUCAAUCUUAUACCUUUAAAUCGUUCUUCAAAAUAUUCUUCUUGGUUAUAGUAUUUGGGCUGUUUAACGGUUUAAUGUUUUUACCGGUGGUUUUGUCGUUAAUUGGGCCAGAUGCGUAUCGAAAAAAAGAAGAGACUGAAAAGCAACCUGAAGCUAUGGAGCUUAACGGUAAGCAUCAAAUAGCAAUUCCCACAGAAAAACAAAUAUUUGAAGACUGAUGAUGAUAAAUGAAGUUAAUGGUGCAGAUAACGAGUACAAAACGUGUGUACAGAUGGUGCAUGUUUGUUAAAACUUAUCACCAAGCUAAUAAAUCGCCGUUUUAUAUGGUGUCGAAUAAUAUGUAAUUAUAUUGACGUUACUUAUUAACAUAAAAUGUAAUGAAGUCCCUACCUACAACUUUACUGUGAUUAAGAUGCUUCAUAUCAAAUGAAAACCAGUCUGCCAAUGUGGGAAGUGUUCUCCAUUUGAGCUUGCCUGUGUUUCUACAGGUGGAGAGAUGAAUGAUGAUGAUAAUAUUGGAAAAACUGUAUGUUCCUUGUUGUAGUAAGUUUGUAAAUGGGUUCCUCGGCCAUCAUUGUGCUAUCUGUUGUGAAUUGCAUAUA